UUGCCAAAUCCUUGGGCACCAGUAGAAGAGCUUGGUUUCCGCAGCUCCUAGAUCUCAAGGUGGAAAAUGGCAACUUUAAAUGAAAAGAAGACCUGCAGCCAAAGAAUGGAAAAUUUCCAGCGUUUUUUAUGGAAUCCAGACACAGGACAGUUAAUGGGAAGAACUUUGAUUAACUGGGUAUGGAUUAGUCUUUACUACGUUGCAUUCUAUGUGGUAAUGACUGGGCUGUUCUCACUUGCUAUCUAUUCUUUAAUGAGGACACUUAAUCCAUAUACACCGGACUAUCAAGAUCGAUUAAAAUCACCAGGAGUGACAUUACGACCAGAUGUAUAUGGAGAAAAAGGAUUGGAAAUUUACUAUAAUAUUUCUCAGCAGUCUUCCUGGGAUGGUUAUGUUUCAGCACUUCAGAACUUUCUUUCAGCAUACAAUGAAACUAUGCAAAAGGACAACAUCAACUGUACUCAGGGAAGUUAUUACUUCCAAAAGACAUUUGAUGCUCCAAAUAAGGAAAAAUAUUCUUGCAAAUUUACAAAAGAUAUACUUGAAAACUGCUCUGGCCUGACGGAUCCCACUUUUGGUUUUCCUGAAGGAAGCCCAUGCUUAAUAAUAAAGAUGAACAGAAUUAUCAAUUUUCUCCCUGGCAAUGGCACUGCACCAAGAGUGAACUGCACAACUCUGGAUGCCAGCCCACUUGAGGUAGCAUAUUAUCCUGCAAAUGGAACUUUUAGCCUUCACUACUUCCCUUAUUACGGACUUAAGGCCCAGCCUAACUACACUAAUCCACUGGUAGCAGUGAAACUUCUCAACAUUUCUUUAAACAAAGAAGUACACAUAGUAUGCAGAGUAAUCGGCACUGGAAUUACUUCAGAUAACCCACAUGAUCCAUAUGAAGGAAAAGUAGAAUUCAAACUUCGGAUACAAAAUUAAGCAGGGUUCAUAAAAAUUUUGCAUAGAGUAUUUAUGUGUCAUGUAAUUUUGUAUUUGUUAUUUGUAUGAUUUCAAUUUGAGUAAGUGUAUAGUUUAGAGCAAAAUUGGCCAUAACUUUAACAAUCAACUGUAUAAAGUUUCCUUUUCAGUAUCUAGUAUACUUUAUUAGAAAUGCUUUUGUGAUUUUUCCAUACCCUGAGAAUUCCAAACAUCUACCUGGUUUACUACACAUUUGUCAAUGGGAUAUGACUCCACUGGAGAUAUUUAAAACUAUGCAAUACAAAACUAUUUAUAUAUUGAAAAAAUAUUAAACAUAGUAAAUUACUUGUGGAAUAAUCCAUACAAUGAAUUGGGCAGGAAGAAAAACACUGCUUUGCCAUCUCAACGUAUUUCAAGAGGAAAAUAAGGACUAUUGUAUGAAAGAAACAUAUAAGGCAAAUGCUGGUAAAUCAAAUAUAGUUCCUGA